AUGAUCCAGCGGAUAUCUCCCAGAGCACCAUCGGCCUUCAUGGCUCCGGCAAUGCAAAGCAAGAGGAGGUAACUCACGCUUCCCACAGUGUAGUUUUCAAAUUCACAUGCGGAAAAUCACUUUUCACCCAAAUAAUAUUCCAUGUAGCUCUCCGGCCCCAACUUUACUGUUUUAGUUAGUAAGCAGUAAACAAACUUCUAAAAACGAUCCGUACACAACCUGCUCCGCAACAAGCAGCAGAUAAAUACAGUUAGCAACUAGAAUGGGCACUCGGUAGAGCGCAUACCUUCGCAUAUCACAAGAUUGGGCAUUGAAUUAUGAACAUGUUGGCAUUAGUUGCAUGCCAAUUGGACAAAAAUUGACCGCGCUAUGGUAAAAAAGAAGAUUUUUACUUUUUCAUGACCUUGACCUUGACCUUUGACCCGAUUGAUCCCAAAAUAUAAUCAAAUGGUCCCCCGAUAAUAACCAAUCAUCCCACCAAAUUUCAUGCGAUUCGGUUUAAUACUUUUUGUGUUAUGCGAGUAACACGCAUACAAAUAAAUAAAUAAAUACACGGCGAUCAAAACAUAACCUUCCGCAUUUUCAAUGCGAAGGUAACCAGCGGGUGAACAUAUUGGAACAUGUUGCAGCUGGAAUUUCUCCAAAGAGACGGUAGAGAUAAAAACAAAUUAAAAAGACAGAGCUCAAGGAAAAUCAGUAUUGGACUUAUAAUUUCCAAGUUGCCAAACAACUGUAUAUACUGUAUGUUACCCUUCUUGAAAGUAUCUAAAACCAUAUGUUGUGAUGGGCUUGAUGCUUGGCCCUGUGGUUCCAUCGUCAUGAUAAAACAACAGAGGUACAAACUAAGGCUAACGCCACAGAUUCAAAUUCUGUAUAUGAUCUUUUUCUAGACUCCUCCCAACCACCGUCAGAGGAAGAUGGAACAGGCCAACACAAAGGUGCCUCAACCAGACCCGGAAGCCAUCGAUACAUUGGACAUCCCUUCUCCUCCGGCCGGGGCCACGAAGCAGCCAGUAAUAUCUUUCAGUUUGCCGAAACCACCGCAGCCGCUCUCCGCCGUGAACUCCCUACCGGCGCAGGGCAAAGACCUCAGCUACUCGGAGAUGGACCUCCGUAAGCCGAAGAGGUUUGCCAGCUUCUCCUUUGUCUCUAGAAAGAAGAAGAAGAAUGAUCCAGUGGAUAUCUCCCAGAACACCAUCGGCCUUCAUGGCUCCGGCAAUGCAAAGCAAGAGGAGACUCCUCCCAACCACCGUCAGAGGAAGAUGGAUCAGGCCAACACAAAGAUGCCUCAACGAGACCCGAAGAGCGAUAAAUUUGACAUCCCUUCUGCCUUGGCCACGAACCAGUUAGAGUCAUAUUUAAGUUUGCCGAAGCAAUGGCAGUCGCCUUCGGCCGCGAACCGCCCUAAACGGAUUGACGUGCAUGCGGAGCCGCGGAAGGCGCCGAUUGCCACCAUGUCUGAGCUGGAUCUGUAUGAUCCAGACUCAUCAGAGGAGGACGAGGAUGGCGAUAAUGACUCUGUUGCAUCUGCCUUCGCGGCCCUCGCCGAAACCAGCCCCGCGGUCGACAACCCGACCUCACCCGGCCUUCCAGACAGCCGACCUCCGCCCGCUCUCCACAUCACGGAUCGCACGCCACCGGCCGUUAACUCCGUCGCCACGUGCGAUGAUGACACCGAAAUCUCCCGCAAUGGAUCCACCCCAGUUGCGUCAUCGUCAGACCGUCAAGCCGGCGACGGCGCGAGUCAAAAUGAUGAACCCCCCCAAACAAGUGAGAAAGGUGCUACGCCCGUCAGGCAGGACGUAGUUUAUGGGGCGUUGUACGAGUCGCUUUUCCCCCAGAGCUUUAGCUCGGAGGUAAUGGCGGCCGCCUCAAACCCGCCGCCUCGCAUCACUUCCGAGAUAAGGCCUCUCAACAGCAAAUCCAAACCGGUCAUGGUUAAAACCCUCAAUGAAAGCCACACAGAAACCAACGCUGAGUUCAGCUUCGCUAACGUAAACGCCUCCUUCAGCAAGAUGAAUGAGAAUUAUUUGAGCGACAGCACCAGAUUGAGCUCUUUCCGAACAUCUAUUGCGCCUCAGCCUCGGAGGGACCCGGAUCAUGACAUCGGUUAUCUACCGUCUUCUCUGAAGUCGGGAUCCGAACCAGUUCCGAACUCGGAGCCGACCUUCGGCCUCCUGGAGGUGAAAUCUGACGGUGUUGGCCUCAUUCAGGACAAUGUCAGGUCAGUCCCCGUGGUUCAAAGCUCUGCCCCUCCCCCCUCUGAGUAUGUAGAGUCCCAAAGGAGAGACACUCAGGUUACCCCCUCCAAACGGAGAGCGAUCCUAGUCAAAGAGAUAUUCACAGACGAGGCGAGCACCGACCCCGUCUGUCGCUCUCCUGUGCCGGUAAAAAUGAGUGCGCCGAGGGGUCUCGAGGUGAGAACCGAAACGAUAGAGAUUGUUUUCUCUCCCUCCGGACAGGCCAACAGGUCCGACGGGCAUUUAAGUCCGUCGUAUCUGAGCGUCGGAUCGGAUGUCAGCAGCGCGGCGGAGAUCUACUUCAGUGCCGAAGAGGACAACGACGAGGGGAGCGGCAACGAAGAGAUUCACACGGUGGAUAAAAGGGUAGAAAGUUACGUGAUAGACAUGGGGAGAGAGGCCGGGCUGCGGGAGGAGUUUCCACCACCGGGGGAUGUCGCCGAAAGAGGGAUAAAGAAGAGAAAAGAGGGAGACUUUCUGGUGGUGGUUAUUGAAAGGCAGAACGAGGAAGUCGUAGUGGCCAAAAAAAAGGAGAAAAAGGGCAUCUAUAGCCAAUUUGAAGUGGAGGAGAAAGCCGGAGUUCAGAGGUCAGGGACCCCAGUGCAGGAGACCGAAGUGUCUAAUUAUCUUGUUGGCAGGGAUGCAGCGAGUCAGAAGAAAGAAUUAGAAACCGCGGUGUUACCACAGGUUGGAGAUAAGAGGGCGGAGGAGUUACCUGCCACACCGGUUCAGCAGGUGGGCAAGCCGGCGGAAUGCCACUUCGCUCCACCCUCCAGUGAGCCGCAGGGGGAGGGGUCGGAGGGAAACUUGACCGACGAGUUGGAAACGAAAGACCCCCCUGAGGGAGAGGCGGCGCUCCCGGGCCAGAAGGCACAAUACCUGGCCCACAAAGACCUCACUGCUCCCAGCAGCGCGGGAAAGGGAGUCGAGCUCACACCCAGAGCGAGCGUGGCGGCAGAGCAAGUUUCUCCGGCGGCGCGAACAGGAACCGGCAGCGACGCCUUAGUCACGGACACUUCCAUCACGCCGCCAUCGGACGUCACCGAGGUGGAACCCAAUAGGGCGGCGAGCAAGUGGGUGGAUACAGUUACUCACAGUGCAGAGAGAACCGCGGCGGCGCACGGACAAGCGGCAGCCAGCGCAGACCCACGGUUUCCCGACAAGGAGGCAGCGGGGACACCGUCGGACGGACGUUCGUCAGAAACGCCACCCGACCCGAAACGGGGGUCCCAGACGGCAUCGAGGCCGCAGCCCACGGCAGCUCCGGAGGGCUCGGCUUCAGUCGAUCAGCCGCCUCGAGUCGAGGAGGGAUCGCUUGACGAGAUGAAUUCGGGUUACAGCAGCCUCACCACCAAAUUGUCCAUAAAAACGUCCUCCCCCCUUAAAGGGGACGAGAGCUUACGUUUCCGUAAGCUAUCGCUGAUCAGUGACGCCCCUGAGGUCAGCCAGGAUAAAGUGGACCUCAGCCAAGAUGGCGCCGCCGUCAAUAAAUCAAAUGGGCCGGAAAACGACCCGGACUACAGAUGGAGAAGUAAAUUUGAGGGGGUUUCUCAGUAUAAACCAUACAACACAGAGAGUUCCCCCGCUUCUGAUUCACCGAGUAACAGAGUGUCAAACACCUCCUCCUCCUCCUCCUCCUCCUCUGCUCUCCCCGAUUCCACAGCAUACAAACACCUGAGCAACUCCUCCUCCUCCUCCUCUCCAGAGGAACACGUUGCCACUGGCAACCGGCUGAGUGGCACCACCAAAGUGCCUCUGCGCUACGAGAGCGAGCCAGUGGGAGCACCAAAAGAGAAGUGGAGGAGGAGUUUGCUGGAGUGGGAGGAGCCUGCUGCACCUGCAGGUGCGAGAGAGGCAGCCGGAGAGGCAGAGAGGUUUGAGGCAGCCUCGGACUCGCACCGGCUCCCCGUGUCCGCCGUCUCCUCGGCGCGUGGUCGCGACGCCCUUGAAGACGACGACUCCCUUUUCACCGGCGUGUUCCAGGCCACGCUCGUGGAUCUGGUCUCCGAGCCGGCGGCUCCCUCCUCCACCCCCCCGGCCUCCCCCGACGCGGACAGCCUCAUCCAGUCCGACAUGGACAGCCUGGUGGACACGCUGAAGAACAUGGGACCCUCCAUGAGGCCCAGGAACUCCAGCCUGCGCGGCGCUCCCCCGGCCUUGGGCUACUCCCUGCCUCCGAUAGUCGAGGACGCGUUCACCCCCCCCCAGUCCCUCAAGGGGAUCUACGCUCUGCCUGGUGACCUGGGCCUGAAGAGGAGCUUCCUCAGGGACACUCCACUGGAACUGAUGAAGCAGAAGCAGGAGCCGCCGCAGCAGCAGCAGCAGCCCGGAACAAGAGGCCUGAUCUCGCCCCUGCGAGCGUCUCUCACCAACAAUUCAGGACUGAGAAGAUCCUCCGACUCUUCACCCGAGGACUUAAAAUCCCCGGUGGUGAAUGGAAACGCACUUCCUCCGUCCACCGGCUCCCGCCUGGACAGCAGCCUCCUCUUCGGCAGCCACAGGUCAGCGUCCAUGGAUCAGACUUUGGAAAACGGACCGUCCUUUCGGCCGCUCUUCCGACCCAGCACGUCGCUCCCCGACAAGGGGCCCAAAGAUCGCAUGAGUUCGGGUAAGAAGGAGCUCGGGGAGCCCGGGAGUGCAGCGGAAACGCCGGGGUCCCGCUUCGACCGCUUCUCCUUCCUCCUGAGCCCCUCCGCCUCGAGCUCCCUGUCCGGACUAGAUAGCUCCAACGCUCGUAUGAGUCGGCCUCCGCCGCCGCGGGGCGUCGGCACGCCGCCAUCCAUCGACAGUCCCAAACACCUCCCCAGCCCCAGCAUCGACCUCCAGAGGCCGUUCACCACCACAGACUCCCCCGUAAAUAUCUUUGGCCAGACGAUGGGGACGGGGGCCGGGCCACCGUCCGGCCACAUCCUGCAGAGGAGUUCCAGUACCGAGGGACCACCGGUGGUCCAGCAGGCCUCAAUAUUCAACAAUCGUCACGGAGGGCCUCAGUUCAGUACCGAGGGUCCCCCGGUGGUCCAGCAGGCCUCAAUAUUCAACAAUCGUCACGGAGGGCCUCAGUUCCAGAGCCAAGAACCUGAGCCUGAGAAGAAUUUGGAGUCAAAAUACAGAGCCUUCCCAGAUGCUUAUCUCACGAAAGAGAAGGAGCACGGGAAACUCAACCCUCGUCCUGGAAAGAUCUACAUCUUUGACCAGCCGGGGAUGUGCGGCCAGAGGAUCGAGGUGCGCAGCGAUGUCAUGGACGCCACGGCCUGGGAGCUGCAGGAGACCAUCUCCAUCAGGGUGGUGCGAGGAGGAUGGGUGCUGUACGAGAAGCCGAACUUCAAAGGGGAGAAGUUCGCCCUGGACGAGGGGGAAAUGGAGCUCGCCUACCCCUUCAACCAGGAGGAGCCGCUGCAGAACGGAGAGAAAGAGGCCGCACAGCAGAACGGAGGAACGAGCGACGCGCCCGCCAAGCCGGCCCGGAAGUUCAUCAUCGGAUCUCUCAGAAGAGCCGUCAGGGACUACAGCGUGCCGGAAAUCAGUCUUUUCCCCGAGGAGAACGCGGAGGGGAAGAAGGUCACCUUCAGGGACACGUCGGAAGAUGCCAGGAUUUUUGGCUUCCCCAUCAAGGCCAACUCCAUCAUCAUCAAUGCGGGGCUAUGGCUGGUGUACGCGCAUCCCUUCUUCCAGGGCCUACCCCGUGUGCUGGAGGUGGGGGGGUUCCCCAACCCUGCGUCCUGGGGAGUGGAACAGCCCUAUGUGGGAUCCCUACAUCCACUCAAAGUAGGGGAACCAAGAGUGGAGAACCUGAGUGAACCAAAGAUGGUGAUCUUCGACAAGCCCUACUUCAGCGGCAAAUCCAGGAUCAUAACCGCCAACAUGAGGGACUUCAUGACCAGAGUAGACCAGCAGCAGACGGCCUUCAUGUACAACGUCAGCUCCCUUAAAAUACAGGGAGGAAUAUGGGUGGGCUACGAGAAGGAGGGCUUCCGGGGCCACCAGUACCUGCUGGAGGAGGGCGAGUACCAAGACUGGAGGGUGUGGGGAGGCCGCGAUGCCGAGCUGCGCUCCGCCCGGUUGAUACGAGCAGACCUGACGGACCCCACGAUGGUGAUGUUCGAACAGCCGGAGGAAGAGCAGGAGGGCGGGGAGGAAGAGAACACCUUCGAGGUGACGGAGGCCAUUCCCGAUGUCGAGCUGUUCGAGUACAGAACCUCCACGCGCUCCAUCCACGUGCUCAGCGGGGCGUGGAUAGCGUACUCCCAUGUGGACUACUCUGGGAACCAGUACAUCUUGGAGAAAGGCUUCUAUAACAACUUUGGUGACUGGGGCUCUCAGGACACUCGCAUCUGCUCCGUGCAGCCCAUCCGACUGGCCCCAAGUGACAGCUCGGGGACCAGGGCUGAGGUAAUACUGUACCCUCAGCCAGACUUCCAGGGCGAGUGUCACAUCUUCAAGCUCAACCAGGACGAAUUGCCCGAAAAGUUCCUGACCAAGUCCUGCCGGGUGUCGGGGGCAAGCUGGCUGCUCUACGAGGCCAAACAGCACUCUGGGAACAUGUACAUCUUAUCUGAAGGGGACUACCCCAACUUAAGCAGCAUGGGAUGUCCGCCCGUCUGCAACAUCCGCUCCGUCAAGGUCGUGCCAAUGAUGCUGUCGGUUCCCUCCAUCUCUCUGUUCGGCCACGAGUGUCUGGAGGGCAGAGAGAUCACCAUGGACUCCGAGGUCCCCAGCCUGGUGGAAGAGGGCUUCAACAACCACAUCAUGUCCAUCAGAGUCAACAGCGGCUGUUGGGUGAUAUGUGAACACGGCAACUACAGGGGGCGCCAGUUCCUACUGGAACCAGUCGAAAUCAUCAACUGGCCGAAGUUCAGCUCUAUACAGACCAUUGGCUCGAUGUUUCCAGUCCGGCAGAAGCGCCGCUUCCUACGCAUCAAGAAUACAGAGAGAGGUCACUUCCUGUCCGUCCAGGGCGGCGUGGAGGAGAUGAAAUCAGGACGAGUGGUGGUGUCGUCAGAGGUGGAGCCCAUGAGCGACAUCUGGUUCUAUCAGGACGGCUUCAUCAAGAGCAAGUUGUCUCCAACCAUGAGCCUUCAGGUGAUGGGCACCGUAGAGCCAGCAGCAAAGGUGGUUUUGUGGGCAGAGACCCGGCAGCCGGUCCAGACCUGGAAGGCCCAGAUGAAAGGCCACAUCACCAGCCUCACGUUCCCCGGCUGCGUCCUGGAUGUCAAAGGUGGCAAAACGUACGACAAGGACCACCUGGUGAUUAUGCCGGAGAACGAGGAGAGGCCGAGCCAACAGUGGGAGAUCGAGCUGGUGUAGCCUGCUGUGGAAAGUGGAAACGCCUCAUAUUUUAUAUUAUUUUUCCUUCACGAAGCUUUUCGCUCCGCAGACCACCGGCAGCACUUCUCUCUCCAACUCCCACAGUCGGGAGCCCUUGUGUUUUACUUUAAUUAAGAAUGGCCUGAAAAAGCUGCAGCAGACAGUUCAGUGCUCUGUAGAAUUCUGUGUUUUAUUCUCAUGAAAUUGUUUUCGUUUUCAUACGGAUAUUCUUUUUCGGAACACCGUCAGUGCCUUUCAACCUCGCUGGAUGUCUUUUGGAGGACCUACUGAACUAAACUCUGAAACAAGAACCAUUGAUUGGCAUCCGGUUGACUUCGGGUGCAGUUAUUUGACUUUGACCCGUGUCGGAUGGCCUCUUUUAUCAGCAAUUUGAGUAUUCAAAGUAGAAUAUGAUUCCAGGUUCAUGCAAAUUCCCCCGACUGCAACAGCACCUGUUGUGGAGACUUGUAUAUUCUUUACAUAUAGUGAACAGCAGGGGGCUUCGCUGUGCUUUUCUGCAUAUCGUGGACACAGGAAGUCAAAACGAAGGCCUAUAGUGUGCAAAGAAAUGUGUGUUUUUUGUUGUUUUUGUAAGGUAUUUUUAUAUGCACUGUCUACCGAUGUCCGUUUUGUGGGAAAUGUCGCACUUGUGUGCGUGCCGUGCAUCCCCUCAAGUCGUCCUGUGCAGCUGAUUCUUGUUUGAUAUAAAGUUUUUAAUCCCCAUCAGCACUUGUUAAUAUUUGAUACUAAAGAUGUGAUGUCAGAUGUGUGUAAAGAGGGAGUGGUUUUGAGAAAUUUAAUAAAAACAUAAACAUUGUUAAAAACAA